UAUGAUUCUGUAAGCACUUGUGGGGUAUUUGCCCUCUUGUUCAUCCCCGGAGGGUGCUCGGUUAAUCGUAUUGGCACAAAGGACUGCGGGUAGAUCCCCGGAAAUCCGCCUCCUGUUUAAUAUCCUCAUUCCAUUAGGAUAUAUUCCACGGGAAUGCAAUUUAUUCUUAAACUCAACUCAGCAUGUUCUUUGCAUUUGUUGAACGCGGGCAUAGAACUGGAAAUAUUGGGUUUUAGGGUUUUCCUAAAGUUUUAUUUUUGGUCUCGUGCGUAAUUGGGGAGUAAACAUGUCGAGAUUUUACCUUUAAGCCAUCCGGGAAAAUCUUGCCCGAGCACUUUCUGUGUUCGUGAUUUACUUUCUUUGCUCCUACACGUCGGAGUAUCAACACAAACGCUUAUCUAAUGAGUGUUUCGAGUAGAUGAGAUAAUAGCAAUCAGCAAAUAAGAAAGACUUGAUAAUGACCUUUAAUUCGUCUCUGUCGCUCGGCGCUUACAGAUCACAAGGAGAAUAAACUGCAAUGGAGGCUGUUGACGUUAUUGUUUUUGGUUCGGCAAUAGUGGACUUUAUUUGUUAUUGCCCUCGAUUACCAAAGGUUGGGGAGACUUUGCACGGAGAUAGGUUUUCUACGGGCUUUGGAGGGAAAGGCGCAAAUCAAUGUGUGGCGGCAGCGCGGUUAGGUGCGAAAACUGCCAUGAUUGCGAGCUUGGGUGAUGAUCAAUGGGGCCGUGAUUACUUGGAGAAUUUAAGGAAAGAAGGUGUCAAUACAGAUUUCGUUCAAUUAAUUCAAGGAGAAACAACUGGCAUUGCAGCUAUCAAUGUUUCGGAAGGCGGCGAUAAUCAAAUUGUGAUAGUAGUUGGGGCCAAUAAUAAAUUAUCAGCUCAGGGGUUAAAGGAUGCGGUUAAAAAAUUCACUGAACCAAAGGUUUUAAUAUGCCAGCUUGAGACACCCGUCACUGAAACAAUUGAAGCCUUAAAACUGUUUAGUGGUGUUUCGAUCCUAAACGCAGCACCGGCUAUGAAAAACGCGCCCCAAGAUCUAAUCCGUUUUGCCUCGAUUUUAUGCGUGAAUGAGUCUGAGGCAGGUCUUAUGACUGGGAUGGAGGUUUCCUCGGUGCAGGAUGCUAAAGGAGCAAUCAAACGGUUUAUUGAGCUGGGCGCCAAUACGGUAAUCAUAACGAUGGGUGGAAAAGGAGCGGUAUACUCGGAAGCGAAAUCUAGAAAAGUGAUACAUGUCCCUGUUGAAAGUGUGGCUAAAGUGGUCGAUACAACUGGCGCGGGGGACGCAUUUAUUGGAGUUCUUGCCUAUUUCAUAGCAAAGCAUCCCAACAUGUCUAUGACUCAGACAAUAGGAGCUGCUUGUGAGAUUGCUUCUAUUUCUGUACAACAUCCUGGGACGCAAUCCAGUUUCCCUUAUGCCAAAAACAUUGAGGAUAGGAAUUUAUUAAGUAAAAAAUUUGCAUAUUUUGAUCUGUAGAAUGAAUUAGUGAAUAAACUUUGGAAGAGAAUGUA